AUUCAUUCUUCAAAUUUAGUAAGGAGUUGGGUCUUCGUGCUAAGCCAGAUCUAGAUAUGUUUGCGAGAAUUUUACAAGAUGAUAAAAUACUCUGUGAAAGCAUUCAAAACACUCCGAAACCAGUUGAAAAUGGAACAGCUCACCCAGAAGAAACACCUCAACCAGUUGAGCCUAUAUCGCCAUUAUCGAUUGAUCAGAGUUGCAACCAACCCUCCGAACAGGAAGAGGUUAUUGACUUGGAUACCCCAGUGAAUGAGGAACCGAAAUCAUUUUUGCCAGAUUCCACUGAAAUUGAUCGUAUUGUUGAUGAGAAGAUGAAAGAGGUCGAGAUGGAUUUGGAGCAAACUGUAGAAACUCCAAAGAAAUCUGCUGAAGAGAAAACUAGUGAAUGGAUUCGGGCUAGUAAAUUUGAACAAGGUAGUGAGGAGCUUGCUAAUGGAAUUGAACGUCCUCCAUUGAAUAAACAAUCAGUAGAUGAAGCCGAAACGCUUAAUGAACUUUUCAGCAAUUUAGAAGAAUUGGAAGAUAUCUACGAAAAGCAUCAGCUUCGACGUGAUACUUUCCAGAACACCAUGGCAAACGAGUUGAGUAGCUUGGAUAACAGUCUUCCCCAAGUCGAUCCAAUGGAUCUUGAUGAUAUAUUUGAUGAUACAGCAACGUACACCAGCUUGCAAAAAGCUUUCAGAAAUCCAAUUGAUAUGGGCGUUCCGAUGCCACCUACUCCUCCUCUUUCCCAUCAUGCUGAGACAACAAAUCCUGAUCCCAUAGAGACCUUGGUGAACCCUCCUGGCCCUGUCAUUGAUGUUUCUAACCUAGGCAAACGUGAUAGUGUUACUCGAACGGAAGAACAACAAUUACCACCAAGACCUCCUAAACGAUCACGGAAAUUUGAUGAACCCAGUAGCCCUGCGUCAUCUGUACCAUCCCCAGCAGCGGCUAAUCUUAGCUAUAGUGAGAACAAUCUAGUUCGACAAGGGUCCAGCCGUAGCAUAACACCCCGACCGCAAUCGCAACAAAUUAUCAUCAUGAAAACACCCGAACAAACCCCUCCCACAAAACGCCUUCCGCCUCCUCCACCGAGCGAUCACAACUCCAAUACACUUCCUAAACAAAAGAAACCAGGAUUCUUCUCUAAACUCUUCUCUCGACGAAAGAGUAAAUCGGACUUGGCAAGCGACAGCCAUUCCAAAAAGACAACUCCCGCUGAAUCGCGUGAACCAAGUAUAGCCAACUACUCUCCACAGACAAAGCCGACAAACAAUCGAGCAUCGAUGCGAUCGCUACAGGCAGAUUCACCCUUCAAUAAAGGGCACAAAACAUCAAAACCGGUCGGGCGUAGCGUGAGCAGUGUAUCAGGGAAGAGACCCCAUCUCACUGCCGAUAUUGUUCAUAUUCCACUGAAAGGCGAUAGCUCCAACUCUCUACCAAUGAAUGAGCGUUAUUCAAAUGCAAGCACGAUCACCCUUAAUAACUUGGAUCGUAAAACCGUUAGUGCCUUACAGCUUGCUGAUAUACCCCUGCAGGAAGGUAACAUGAAUUUGGUUGCGAUCGCUGAUGCUCAAAGUAUAAAGAAUCUUUGUGAAGGGGAGUUUGGUGUUCAUCUCGAUCCAGAGGUUGAUUUGACAGAAGCUGAACAUUUUGCCUUAUAUACAAGCAUACCACCCCAGGCAACUGCCAGUGAAUUUGAUGAGAACUCUUGCUAUUAUGCCCCCGUUGAUGCUGGAGAAAUUUUAACCCCAGCCGAAGUGGCGCGUCGUUUAGCCUCAUUGAACAACUGAGGUUUAUUGAACAAUGGGGAAACAUACGUGAUGGGAGUGGUUUUAUCCUCACGUUGCACAAGUAUUAAGAAGUAAUCAUCGGUGGAACUAAAUUAUAGAGAUAUUUUUACAAGGAUCAGUUGAUUUUGAAUGAAUCUUCAAUAUUUAUACAGUACUUACAAUAUAUUGUACUAAUGCUUUAAAUUUUGUGUUAAGAUGAUUUUUAUUUAUUAUUUUAUUUUAAAUUAUCGUCAAAUAGUUUUUAAGAAAAUGUUGUUGAGUAAAAAGUUUAGUAAAAGUUGUUUAUGGUUGUUU